AUGGAUAUCGGGGGCCUGACCACCGUGGUGGCCAAUUCGGCUUACAUCAACGCCCGCGGCAGCAUCGACGGCUCCAACCCGGCGGCGGCUCGGGACAAGAAAUACCAUGCCCGUCUCAAGUUGCCUCACAUCACGGUUUGCGAAGGUCUGAGGGACACGCUGGACUUGGCCUUUGACGGCGUCUGCGUGGAGCAACCGAUUGGCAAACGCCUCUUUAGGGAGUUCCUGGACACCAACCAAGAAUAUCAUGGUGCUUGUCGACUGUGGAGGGACAUCGAGGAGUAUGACUUGGCAGAGGAUUCGGAUCGAGCCAAGAAGGCCUCCAAGAUUGUCCAGCGCUACAUGGACACCUCAGCCAAACACUUCUGCCCAUUCCUCUCUGAGGACACCAUAAGCAAGGUGAAGAAGAACCAGGAAACUGUUGCCGACGACUUGUUCGCAGAGGCUCUGGCCAUGACUCUGGACUAUUUACGAGAAGCUCCCUACGUGUUCUUCAUGGAGAGCAUGUACUUGAAAAGGUUCCUUCAGUGGAAGUGGCUGGAGAUGCAGCCCAUGGACGCCGACUGGUUCCUGGACUUCCGCGUGCUGGGCAAAGGUGGCUUCGGCGAGGUGUCGGCGUGUCAGAUGAAAGCCACGGGGAAACUUUACGCCUGUAAGAAACUCAACAAGAAGCGCCUGAAGAAGCGGAAAGGCUAUGAAGGGGCCAUGGUAGAGAAAAGGAUUCUGGCGAAGGUCCACAGUCGCUUCAUUGUGUCGCUGGCGUACGCGUUCCAGACAAAGGAGGAGCUGUGUCUGGUUAUGACUAUCAUGAAUGGAGGAGAUCUCAAGUAUCACAUCUAUCUGGUGGACGAGAACAAUCCGGGCUUCGCCGAACCAAGAGCCUGUUUUUAUAUCGCUCAGAUCAUUCAAGGCAUGGAGCAUCUGCACCAAAAAAGGAUCAUCUACAGAGAUCUGAAACCUGAAAACGUGCUUCUUGAUAAUGAUGGAAAUGUUCGAAUAUCCGACCUGGGUCUCGCCGUGGAGUUGAAAGAAGGCAAAACUAUGACUAAAGGCUACGCCGGAACACCAGGCUACAUGGCGCCAGAGAUGCUGAAAGGUGAAAAAUACGACACUUCUGUUGAUUAUUUCACCUUGGGUGUGACCUUGUUUGAGUUCCUCGCCGCCAAGAACCCCUUCAGGAACAGGGGAGAAAAGCUUGAACGUGAAGAGAUGAAAGAGCGCAUGCUGACUCGGGAGGUGAUUUACACAGACAACUUCAGCGAAAACGCCAAGUCCUUGUGUAGCGGGCUGCUGGCGAAGGAAGUAGACAAGAGGAUGGGUUUUAAAAAUGACUGCUGCGAUGAAAUCCGAGCACACCCCUUUUUCAGUGACAUCAACUGGAGGAAGCUCAAUGCAGGUAUCCUGCCACCCCCUUUCAUUCCCGACCCCAGAGUGGUGUACGCCAAAAGCCUGGACGACGUGGGCGCCUUCUCCUCGGUCAAGGGCGUCGCACUGGAAGACCCCGACAAGAGCUUUUUCGACGAAUUCGCCACAGGCAACGUCUCUAUCCCCUGGCAGGAGGAGAUGAUUGACAUGGGCGUUUACGGCGAGCUCAACAUGUGGGGCCCCGAGGGCGGCGUGCCCGACGACCUGCGCCGCGAGUCCAUUCUCGAGCGGCCCAAGUCAUCCACGUGCUGCGUGUCUUAA